AGGGCUCCCUUCCCCAGCCCCCACCCGUGGAUGUGAUGGCGGCUCCGGCUCUGCCCUGCUGCCUGUCCCUCCUCAUCCUCCUCUUGCCCCUGGCCAUCCCUCAGGCAUCUACAUCAGUGAACGGACUGAGCAUCUCCUCACCUGAUAGAGACAGGAGUGGCGGGCGAACCCUUGAAGGCCAUGGGUGCCCUACAGCCAGCCCCACAAGCCACAUUUUCACGGCAUUUGCUUCCAACAUCACAUGCUUCUACAACUCAAGAGCCAACGUCUCCUGCAUCUGGAGCCAUGAUGAGGGCCUGCAGGCCACCACCUGCUGCUUGCACAGCCAUCAGCCUAAGAGAGAGGAGCUUUUUCCUACAAAACAGUGGAAACACACCUGUGAGCUGCAACCAGUGAAGCCGGGAUCCUGGGCAUGCAAUCUGGUUCUAGGACAAUCUCCAGAAGCUCAGAAACUGACCGUAGUGGACGUUAUGAAACUGACGGUGAUGUGCUCUGAAGGCGGGAAGUGGAGGAAGAUGAUGACCCAGGAUAUCAAGCCCUUUGAUUACAUUCGUCUUGUUCCACCCCAUUCACUCCAAGUCGCCCACGUAGAGACGCAUAGGUGCAACAUAACCUGGACCAUCUCCCAGGUAUCCCACUACAUCCAAAAUGACGUGGAGUUCGAGGCCCGGACUAGGUCUGCGGGCCACAGCUGGGAGGACACCCCACUGCUGACCCUCAGGCAGAACCAGCAAUGGAUCUACCUGGAGAAUCUCGCUCCAGGCAUGGAAUAUGAGCUUCAGGUGCGGGCCAAGCCCCAGCUAGGCAGGCAUGAGGUUUGGAGCCACUGGAGCCAGCCCCUGACCUUCAGGACGGUCCCUGCAGAAACCAGGAAGAAAAUCCCACCUCUCCCUUGGUUGGGCCACAUCAUCUUGGGCGUUGGCAGUUUCGUCGGUCUUGUCCUCUUGGUUUACUUUCUGGGCAACUUCCGGUGCAUCAGGCUAUGGCUGAAGAAGGUUCUGAAGUGUCACAUCCCAGACCCCUCGGAGUUUUUUUCCCAGCUGAGCUCUGAGCAUGGAGGAGAUUUCCAGAAGUGGCUCUCCUCACCCUUCCCCUCGUCCUCCUUCAGCCCCAGUGGUCUGACCCCCGAGAUCUCCCCACUGGAGGUGCUGGACAGAGAUGCCAAGGCCACACAGAUGCUCCUGCUUCAGCAGGACAAGAGCUCACCAUCCUCAGCUGAGACCAGCGGCCACUCGGUGACCAGCUGCUUCACCAACCAAGGCUACUUCUUCUUCCGCCUCCCGGACGCCCUGGAGAUUGAGGCCUGCCAGGUCUACUUCGCUUAUGACCCCUGCACCGAGGAACUUGAUGCGGGUGGGCCCAGGGCCCCCGAGGGAGCUCUCCUUCCACCCCUGCCGACUCUACCAGGGGAUGACGAUGCUUACUGCACCUUCCCCCCCGGGGAAGACCUGCUGCUCUUCUCUCCGAGUCUCCUCAGUGGCCCAGGCCCCCCGAACACUGCCCAGCGGGGCACUGGGGCUGGUGAAGAGAGGCUGGCAGCCAGCCCACAGGAGGGAGUCCCUGGAGACUGGACCCCCCAGUCCCUGGGGCCUCCUGCUCUGGAAACCCCUGACCUGGUGGAUCUGCAGUCACACCCAGAGCAUGAGCUGGGAGAAGCAAGAGAGAAGGUGCCUGACCCCCGUCCAAGGGAGGGGACCAGCUUCCCCUGGGUCAGCCCUCCCGGGCAAGGCCAAGUCUGGGCCCCCAUUACCUGCCUGACCCUGAACACCGAUGCCUACCUGUCCCUCCAAGAGCUCCAGGAUCAGGACCCAGCUUACUUGGUGUAGACAGACAGCCGGAGCUGGGAGGCAGGUGGCCAUCCACUGCUGCGUCAGGCCUGCUUGAGGACUCUAUGUCCGUGAAGCUUGUCCCCUGCUGAGACACUGGGUGUCCAGCAGCCUCUGGACAUCUCUGCCCAGAGGGCCUCACCCAGUCCUGCACACUCAGCUGUUCAUUUCCAAACCUCAGUUGCUGCUCCCUGCGCCUACACCCCAAGCCAAGAACUUUGGGGGUGGGGUCCUUUGACUCCCCCACUCCCUCAUUCAUCAUGAAGUCCUGUGGGUUUUGCCUCUUCACCCUGGCUUACUCACUGGGCUUCCUGCCCACCCACCCACCACAGGACAAUCAGCGGAAUCUUUCCAAAACAUAAAUGGAGCUAUGCUGCCCCUCCUGGAGAAGGAAAUGGCAAUCCACUCCAGUAUUCUUGCUUGGAAAAUCCCAUGGACAGAGGAAGCUGGCGGGCUACAGUCCAUGGGAUUGCAAAGAGUUGGACACGACAGAGCGAAUGAGCAUACACAUGCUGCUCCUGGUUUAAAAUCCUGCCAUGGCUCACCACUGCCCUCAGUACAACUUCUUGGCCUACCCAUUGGGUCCUCCAGCAUCAUGUUGGGACAUUCCCAU